ACAAAUGAACUUUUGACCCUUUAAGCUUUUCUUUAAGUCAAGCCGGCCCUGCUAAGCAACCUACAAAGCAGCAACCAUGUCUCAGUUUGGUGAUGAGGAACCUGAGGGAUCCUUCUCCAUUUUCUACGCAGAAGGAGAGAUGCUGGCUAAGCAGGGGCAGUAUAAGAAAGCCAUUGAGUCAUUCACCAAGGCUCUUGAGUUUGAGCCUGAGGACAAGUUGUGUCUAGUGGCUCGUUCCAAGUGCUACCUUCGAGUGGGAAAUGCAACGGAAGCUCUCAAAGACGCAGAGGAAUCUUUAAAAGAGGACCAGAAAUAUCACAAGGGUUUAUUUCAGAAGGCAGAGGCUCUGUAUUCUAUUGGUAACUUUGAGUACGCCUUGGUGUUCUACCACAGAGGAAACAAGAUACGACCUGAGCUCCAUGAGUUCAAUCUUGGCAUACAGAAGGCACAAGAGGCCAUUGACAAUUCCAUAGGAACUCCUGGUGCAUGUAAGCUUGAAAAGAUUGGAGACCUAACAUUCUUCCAGCAACAGGACAGAAUUGCUGUCAAGAAACCCAAGAAGUUGAUAAGAGGUAGAGAGCACAUGAAGAAAGAGAAGGUAGAAAGAAAGCCGGUCGCCUCAGAGAAGACCACUAAGCAGCUACUUGGAGAAAUGCAUCCAGAUAAGGAGUAUCUAGAGAGACUGCUUAGUGAUCCAGGUUUGGUGAUUGGUCUGAAAGAUAAGUCCAUCUACAACACAGUGGAGAAGGCACUGUCUUACCUCGACUCAAGAACAGAAUUCUGGAGGCAACAAAAACCAAUGUACGCCAGAAAGAGAGAAAAGGAAGCCAAGAAAUACAGACCUUUAUCAAACAAGAGAUCCAAAGAUAGCGGAACUGAUUACACCAAACUUGUGCUCAAAACGUUGGAAGAGGUGGACUGUGCACUGGCUGAAGGUGAUGCAGAGACUAGUUUGCAACAGGCCCAGAAGCUAAUGAAGACAGUACACGGCCUAGCAGACAAAGACCUGCCAAACAAGAGUGAAUUCCUAGCCAGUCUACACUCUUGUAUUGGCAAUGCUCAGUUGGAACUGGGAGAGGCAGAAGCUGCUCUCAAGAACCACUUGCAGGACCUCAAGAUCUCAGAGGACGAGGACUUGUCUGACAUCCAAGGCCGUGCUCUGGACAACAUUGGCAGAGUCUAUUCUGUGAUGGGUCAAUUUGACAUGGCAGUAAAAUUUUGGACUCGUAAGAUUCCCCUUGUGAAGACAGCUGAAGAGAGCACGUGGCUCUACCACGAGCUGGGACGUUGUCAUCUGGAAUUAAACAAGUUCACUGAGGCUAGAGACCUCGGGGAGAAGAGUCUGAGCUCAGCUAAAGAAGCUGAUGAUCAGAUGUGGCAACUCAACGCAAGUGUACUUAUCGCUCAAGCUGAAUCCAAGCUGGGGGACCUCCAGGCUGCAGUACAGCGGUUCAAGCAAGCCCUGGAGUUAGCCAAGCUGUUAGAAGACCAACCCUCUCAAGACGCUAUCCAGAUAGCUCUCGAGGAAGUCAACACUCGUACAAUAGAGGAGGCCACACCCCCUCAAGAGGCCACACCCCUUCAAGAGGAGGAGGAGGAGGGUAACAUUGAGGUGGACCCUGCUCAUUAACUCUGGAGAACGAUAUAUACUAGCUCUGUCACUGUUAUAAUAUGUACGUGUACAUGUUGCAGUUGGCUGUUUCAAACAUUAAUUUUAUUGACAUCUCA